GGCAGCGUGUGCUUGGCUCGGCCAGCUGUGCUCUACAGCAUCCCUUGCAGGCACAGAUAUGCCAGGAAUUUUAGCCACGAAUGGACCUUUCUUUGCCCUGUUUAGAUCCAAGUCAGGAGGGAGAGAAGAAGAACACGAAGAAGGAGGCUCAGAACAAAGCGAUCGAGAAGUACAAGGACAAGCAUCAGGCAAACGAUCUACGCAAGCGCAUCAUUUCCGGACUACGCGCGGUCGCUACAGACACCACUCACGCAAAGGCUAAAGGCGACUACCAUGUCAGCAUCGAAAAUCUCGCCUACAUCGACGACUCCCUGUUCGAACUCGAAUCCCUCGUCUGCGGUGAAGCCUCAUCCUUUUCAACAAGCUCCCGCGCCGGAAAACAACCUCACCCUGGUCAUAGUGAGGAGCAUCUUGCUCGCAUGUGUCGAGCCAGAUGCAUGGUUCCUAGUCUCAACGGCGGGUUCAGACCGGGUGCCCCCAGAGCCGACUACAACAAUCGAGUAUGCUGCCAACCCUGCCCCUAAUGUUCCCGGAGCUUUCAAUGUCGAAUCGUGGGCUUUCGCUCAUGUCGUGAACGAGACAUUAUCAUUGUCCUCACGCACGUGUACAUUGCGUCUCCACAGACCGCUUCUUGUGCAAGUCCUCCGAGCAAGAUGCCACCCAAGAAAGGCCGUCAAGUACGACUUCUACACUCCACCAACUCUGGACUUGUUGAUAUAUUGGCUGUCUCCCUUGGUACAAAACUUUCCAGCUUGGAUGUAGAGUCGGAGGCCUUUUGCUAAUCGCUGCCAUAAUCUACCUGUGGCCGAAGCAGAGAUGCCGUCGUCAGUAUGAGUCGUCAUCUCCAUGUCACUUUGCUCUGAGCUGUUCUUUCUUUAGCGAGAAUCUUUCCUUUCGCUCGUCUUGCGUUUUGUCA